GAUAAUUUGUUUUAUCUGCAAUUUCAAAGGAACGGAGAGAGGAUGUCCCCUUCAAAUGAUACCAAGUUCCACCCCUAUUUCCUCCUGCUGGGAAUUCCUGGCCUUGAGGAGAUGCACGUCUGGAUUGGGUUUCCUUUGUGUUCUGUGUAUUUGAUCGCCCUUGUAGGGAACAUCACUAUCCUGUUUGUGAUCAAGAAUGAACAGAGUCUUCAUCAGCCUAUGUUUUACUUCUUGGCUAUGUUAGCCUCCAUUGAUCUAGGCCUGUCCUCAUCCACUAUCCCUAAAAUGUUGGGCAUAUUCUGGUUUAACUUAAAGGAGAUUAGCUUUGGAGGCUGCACCCAGAUGUUCUUUAUUCAUAUAUUCACUGCCAUGGAAACUGUUGUGUUGGUGGCGAUGGCCUUUGAUCGCCAUGUUGCCAUCUGCAAUCCUCUGAGAUACAGCCUGAUUCUCACAAAUAGGAUGAUUGGUCUCAUCCUUGUUGUAGUGUUUGGCAUUAAUUUCAUUUUGGUAAUCCCUCUAGUGUUUCUCAUCUUGCGACUUCCCUUCUGUGGAUACCAUAUAAUCCCCCACACAUACUGUGAGCACAUGGGAAUUGCUCGGCUGGCCUGUGCCAAUAUAAAGGUAAACAUGAUACUUGGAUUAAUUCUUAUAUCAAUGGUGUUUGUUGAUGUUUUGCUGAUUGUUAUCUCCUAUGUGAGAAUACUCCGAGCUGUCUUCUGCCUUCCUUCUCAGGAUGCCAGACUCAAAGCGCUUCGUACAUGUGGCUCCCAUAUCUGUGUUAUCCUAGCCUUCUUCACUCCAGCUUUUUUCUCCUUCUUGACCCACUGGUUUGGCAGGAAUGUUCCCGUAUACAUUCACAUUCUCCUGGCCAAUCUAUAUGUUGUUGUUCCACCUGCCCUCAAUCCUAUCAUCUAUGGAGUGAGAACUAAGCAGAUUCGAGAAAAGGUUUCAAGUAUCUUUCUGAAAAAAGACUGA